GCACCCCGUCCACCUACAGCAACGCCGCCUCCACCUACACACCCAUGUCCAGCAGCACUCCGCUGGCCACGACCUCCAGCCUGCCGGCGAUGGUGCGGCCGUGGAAGCUGGCGGAAUAUGACCACCACCACCACCACCAACAACAGCAGCACGUUCUUCAUCAACACCUCCAGCAGCAGCAUCACCACCACCACCACCGUCAGGAGGACGAUCAGGAAGAGACGCAGAGCCAGGAGAACGGGGGCCAGCAGCAGCAGCAGCUGCUCGGGAACCAGGGAUUGUCCGGACAGCAAGACGCAGGUGGCCACGAUGUGCCCGGCGCUUGCUCGGAGAGGCGCUACAAGAGCGAGCCGCUCUCCGUGUUCGUGCCCUCGGCAGGAGGCUACGGACCCCCCCCCGGGGCCCAGCUCCGGGGCUGGGUCGGGACCCGGUCCUGGGUCGUUGGGCUCCCCGGACACGUGGUUCCCGCCGCUGAUGGUCAACAGGGAGUCACACUACUCCCUCUUCGCCCCGCAGAGGAGUCGCAUCGCAGAGGAGUUCUACCACCCGCAGGGCGCGCAUCCCUUCCCGGGACUUGGCCGCAACAGCUACGAAGGGCUCAUGGGGCAGCCCGUUCCGGGUGGCCAUGGCAACCAGAAGAUCUGCGUGAUCUGCUGCGACGAGGCUUCCGGCUGCCACUACGGCGUCAUCACCUGCGGCAGCUGCAAGGUGUUCUUCAAGCGCGCCUCCGAAGGUCAAAACAACUAUCUGUGCGCGGGGCGAAACGAUUGCAUCAUCGACAAGAUCAGAAGAAAGAACUGCCCCGCCUGUCGCCUCCGCAAGUGUUGCCAGGCGGGAAUGGUGCUGGGAGCGCACCGCUCAAAGAGGAUGCGGAUGAAGACGAGUGGCGGGGACGACGCUGCACGGCGCGGCGACGGCGGCGCCGGCUCCUCAACGCAGGCGUUAGUGCAGUGGGACCCGUCGGUGCGCGACGGGCGCCUCACGCCCUCCUCCUCCUCUUCCUCCUCCGGCCCCAGCGGAAGCAGCCUUUUCGGCAGCAACGUUUCGGGGCUCUCCUACUCGCCUUCCAUCCUCUCGAUCCUGCAGCUCAUCGAGCCCGAGGUGGUGUACGCCGGGUUCGAUAACAGCCGCCCCAUGACGGCCAACUACCUGCUCACGAGCCUCAACCGGCUAUGCGAGAGGCAGCUGGUGCCCGUCGUCAAGUGGGCCAAGGUGCUGCCCGGUUUUAAGGAGCUGCACAUUGACGACCAGAUGACGCUGAUUCAGUACUCAUGGAUGGGCCUUAUGGCCUUUGCCAUGGGCUGGAGGUCCUACAAGCUCGCCAAUGGGCAGAUGCUCUACUUCGCUCCCGACCUCAUCUUCAACGAGCAGCGCAUGCAGCAGUCGGCCAUGUACGAGCUGUGCUUGGGCAUGCAGCAGGUGUUCAAACAGUUUGGCCUCCUGCAGGUGACACAGGAAGAGUUCCUCUGCAUGAAGGCGAUCAUGCUCCUCAACACAGUCCCCCAGGAGGGCCUCAAGACGCAGGCGUUCUUCAACGAGAUGCGCAUGAACUACAUCCGAGAGCUCAACAAGGUGGUCAUCAGCAAGAAUAACACGGCCGACGGCUGGAAGAGAUUCUACCAGCUCACCAAGAUGCUCGACUCCAUGCAUGACCUGGUGGGCGGCAUGCUGCAGUUCUGCUUCCACACCUUCGUGCAGUCGCAGACGCUGUCCGUGGAGUUCCCCGAGAUGAUGUCGGAGAUGAUCAACGCCCAGCUGCCCCGCGUGCUCGCCGGCAUGGCCAAGCCGCUGCUCUUCCAUGGCAAGCGAGUGUGACGGCACGUGGGCUGCCCCCGUUGCGCCGCCGUCGUCGUCGUCGUCGUCGUCUUGCCCAACGAGCGGGGCUCCGACGGGGCCAACACGUAACCAGACGCUUGCCCCUUAAGGGCGACCUUGGAAUUGGACCGCCACACACUUUGAGUUUUUUUUUUUUUCCGCCCGAUUACAAAUUAUAUUUUACGUGGGCGGAGUGUGUGUGGCCCGGUUCCUGAACUGGCUUACGGUGGCGGGGUUGUGGUUGCCCAGUGCACUAGCACAGCAGCUCUGGUUGACACCAGACAGCUCUGCCUCAACGAUCCCACACAAAACUCUUACUUUUUUUUUACCUUAUACAACUGCUUUCCUGUAGCCACGCCUGCGCCAUUGGCCCACUGCGGCCGCCUCCAGAAGCCACAUCUCGCAGCCAGCCCCGCUGACGUCACCCCUUACGGUUACCCCUCGACGGCCUCCAUAGGCAAUCCUCCUUCAGGUGUCCCCUUGAGCUGUCAAUGUUUUGCUGGACAACGCCAUCCUAGAGAAAAAACGCUCGCUGUGGGUCACCUUCCCCUCCCAGAACGGUCCCGCCUUCCGCGGCUGCUGUCGACGCAACGCUUUCGUCCGUUUGCCGCGUCUCGCGUUGCCGCGUUUCUGUGACCGCCGGGGAACGAGGCAGCUUGGAUCACAAAAGUGGGCCAAGCGGGGCUCAGCCUUGCGAUUCCCCUUGGUAGCUUCGUCCAGCCGGCCCGGCGUUAAGCGACCCCCAUUCCCCCUCCCCCCCCCACUGUGCAUAAGCGAAGGCCGCGGGUUUUCACGCGGUUGUUCUCGGAGCCGGUCGCGAUGUCACGGGGUCACCGUUGUAACCGGAUUCGUCCUUGGUGCAGUCCCUCGCGUAGCCGUGUACCUUUUGUGAAAUUACAAUAAUGGAUAUUAGUUUGGAAAAGCCUUACAUAUCACCUUGCAUUGCAUGUGAUCAUGGCUAUGUUGUCAGCAAAUUCUGAGAUGGAUGAUAUCUUCUCCAGUUUAACUCUCAGAAAAUGUCUCCUAAUGUCGUCGUGAAUUUUCUUGGUGUGAGAUUCUCUUCUAUUCACUCCUCUUCUGCUUUGUGUUGUGUCGCUUUCUUCACGCAAUCUCGCCAUAUCUGAUCCAUCUCUACAAAUGGGUUCAUUAAGUUCUAUAUAUAUUAGUAAUGCUUUGGAUUUUCGGGCUUUGGGUGACUUAUCAGUUUACAAUUGCUUAAAUGCAUUUUCAUAUAAAACAAAAGCAAGGCAUAUUGUCUUUUUUUACGUGAUCACUAGUAGAAAUAUGUCUAUUUGCCUUUGAAGAUCUGCAUUGAUUUCCUCCACUGGUUUCACGAUUGUAUCUGUUGUCUACUGCAGUGCUGUCAUCAGGGGCGGAGCCAGGAUUUUGACUUUGGGGAGGGCUGACUUCAAUAUUCUGAGAUAUCCAGUGAAUGUUUUCCAAUGGGCGCCACAAAUGUAUAAAACAAAUGUAUUGGAUUUGAA